GUCCGUAAGUGUUUGCAUUCUUGAUUGCGAGUUCGUCGUGGGAACCCCCCUGUCUGCGUACACUUUGGCUGAUCCGCACGUGCCUACCGACACAGAAGACGGAGUUUACGUCGAAGACGCACCAGCCUCGUCCUUGUCGUCACCACCUUUAUCAACCUCGUCAUCAAUGCUUCCAGAACAACAGACCAGACACUAUCCUAUCCCAUCGCCCGAUUCACUACACUAUCCCGGGCCGAAACCCCGCAUCGACAAGACAACCAACAGACCGAUAACCAACAAGUCCCUCGUCAAGAUCCCACAGUCGGUGCUCGCCCAAGCCAAGGGCAUCGCCAUAUUCACGUCCUUCCGCACCGGAGGUCCCCAGAUCGGCGGCGCCGGCGGGUCCGGCAUCGUCAUGGUCCGCCUCCCCGACGGAUCCUGGUCGCCGCCCUCGGGCAUCCUGCCCAACAACCUCUCCGUGGGUUUCAUGCUGGGGUUCGACGUGUACGACUGCGUGUGCGUUCUCAACACGACGCAGGCCGUCGACGCGUUCACGAAGAGGGCCCGGUUCUCGCUGGGCGGGGAUAUCGCAAUGGUCGCGGGUCCCGUGGGCGUCGGGGCGCAGCUGGACGCCGAUGUCAACUUCAAGGGCGGCGCGGCCACGAGUCAGCCCGUGUGGUGCUACGUCAAGUCCCGCGGCUUCUAUGCCGGCGCGAGCGUGGACGGGACAAUCAUCAUUGAGAGGCCCGAUGCUAACGGCAUGUUCUACGGCGAGAAGAAGAUCCGGCCCGAGAAGAUUCUGCGUGGCGAUGUUGUGGCGCGGCCGUACGGCACGUUGGCGGAGGACGGGUCGAGGAUGUGGCCUGAGGGAGCGGCGCGGUUGAUGGAUGUCGUUCGAGACGCGGAGGGGGCGGGGAGGGGACAAAGACGCAGGUCGGUAGAGAGGUAGGACUUUUUGGUGGCAGUCAGUGAGCAGACUUCUUUCCGCGGCGAGACUUGGGAGCUGCGGACAGGAUUGGGAGGCGCAUAUAGAUCAGAUAUCCAGCAAGCGUAGUAGUUCCUUUUGGUGUUCUUCUUCACUCCAGGCUUUCGAAUUUUCUCCCCCGUGCUGAUUCCUCGCAUAGCGCCUACGGGUGAGCCCAGUUACGAUGGUUGUCCCUAAGUAGGUACACUCAUCCAUGGAGAAGGGAAAUUCCUGCUGAGCUCUAAUGAGUAGGCUGCCGACAAGAGCCGGCACUGAUGCAGGUCUUCGUCCUGGCCAAUGAGAGCUCAUGCGUAGCAAGAGCAGCAAUGUCGCGUCGAAGAUGGAUCAUAUCCCGGCACGGGAGACGGGAGUUGCAACAAGGCUAAC